AUGGAUACUGAAGAUAAUGAAUUAGCAGUCUUAGAAAGUAGACAUCGAAAAGAAAAGAAGGAACUACAAGCACAAAUACAAGCGUUGAAAAAAGCCGCAAAAAAUGAUAAGACCAAGAAGAAAGAGUUAACAGCAGAAAUAUUAAGGUUAGAAACUGAAAUGGAUGCUAGGCAUCAGCAAGAAAUUGAUUCUGCCAAUAAAAAUACCAAUGAAGUACUGAAUACUAAUGAACCAGAUCAUGCUUUCAACAAUGUAGAAAAUGAACUAUCAAAAGUAAAAAUUUCUAAAGCUCAAAAACGCAGAGAUAAGAAGUCUCAGCAAGAAAAAGAAAGAGAUGAACUAAUAAAGCAACAGGAACAGGAAAAUCGACAUGGGCCUAGAAAUAUUGAACUGCAAGAAAUUAAUAAUAAGUUGAAAGAAAGAGGCCUAAAAAUAUUCAUGAUACCAUCAGACGGUGACUGUUUGUAUAAAGCUGUCUCUCAUCAACUGUCAAUCAUCAAGCAGAAAGAUGUAUCUGUAGAUGAAUUAAGAGGUAGUGCUGCAAAGUACAUUAGACAUAAUAAAGGUGACUUCCUUCCAUUCAUGACACAUCCUGACACAUUUGAAAUGUUAACAGAUGAAGAUUUUGAGGAAUAUUGUGACAAACUUGAAAAUACUAAAGUGUGGGGAGGUCAAGUGGAGGUUAGAGCCUUGUCUAAUUCCUUACAAUGCCCAAUAACAAUAAUUCAAGCAACUGGGCCUGGUUCUAUUGACCAAGGAGAUGAAUAUGAGAAACCACCUCUAAUAAUAACAUAUCAUAGACAUAUGUAUGGACUAGGUGAACAUUAUAACUCAACUGUUCAAGGUGAAAUUGAAGCUUAG